CGGCCAAUAUCAUAGCGAGGCUGAUCGAGAUCAACAAGAAAGACAUGGCUGCUGUGGAUGUCCUGAUGCGUCCGUUAAAACGCGUCAAACUUGGGCCUCCUGAUUGCUACCCACAAGAUCCAAAACAGCCAGAGGACGAUCUUUCUGAGACAAAGCUGAGGAGGGGAUUUUCAAACAAUCCUGUUGUAACAAAUGAGCAUGGCUCUGCAAAGGAGCUGUUUGCUCAGUUGCCAUUAUCAAAGUUUGCUGCACAGUACAACAGAGUCCUUCUACAGAAGCAAAAAAUAAACACAUUUCAUGAUGUGUCAAAAAAGAAAGUGCAAAUCAACACAAAGGAUAACUUUUGGAUGGUCACAAAUCGAUCCCGCAGCCAAGUCUCCCAGUGGUUUCAAGAUCUUGCUAGUAGCAAAGGAUUAACAAACUUAGGGAAAAAGGUUCCAAUUUUCAACAAAAAGGAAGAAAUAUUUGCCAAUUUGGCAGAUUACAGUGUUCCGAUGAUAAGGGCAGCUUGGUUUUUAAAGGUGACUGCAGCAUAUCAUAAUACCAUAUCAGAAGGGAAAGUGAAAAAACGAAUUAAUUUGGAUUCAUCCCAAGAGUGGACUAAUUCAAUAACGAAGUUUUUGAAGGAGCAACUCGGAAAAGUUUUAGAGUUUUACAAUCAGCCAUACUCAAACAUGUCGAUGCAAAGGCCUCCACCAGAAACAGAAUCAGCAAUCAAGCAAUGGGAGUAUGGGAUUCGCCUUUCAGGGUGGCUAUUGGAGAAUAAUCUUCUUGAAAAGCAAACAUUUGUGGGGUGGGUAGUCGAUUCUGUAGAGAAAUUGCGCAAUAAUGACGAUGCAUUGCUGAAGCACAUUCUUCCGCUUAUUCUGAAGCAUCUGGACCUGAUCACGCAGACGCAGGUAUUGUCGAGAAAUUUAGCAAGCAGCUGUAUUAAAAAGCUUCUUGCAUUGAACUCGAGUGCAGAACAGAUGCAAAGCCAAAAAGAGCAAAACCAGCCCGGUACCCCUGUGGACCAAAAUUCACAAUCUGCUUGUGGUCCUGGAUCUGUUAAUACUGUAGACAGCCUUCCUAUUCGAAGUGAGAGCCCUGUGUUUCCAGCGUUGGCAGAGUUCAAAACCUGUGAGCAGCACCGCUCGCUUGUGAUGAUGUUGUGUGGUAUCCUUCAGGCCAUCACCUUGAAAUGUCCCACAGCACUGGUGUGGCGAAGCAUGAAGAUCAGCAGCCUCCCUCAGGUGUCUGACGCCAAAGCAGCCAUUUUUAAAGGGUCUCCUCUUGAUCUGCUUCCCUGUGCUCCAAGUAGUCUUUACUCAUAUUUUGUUUCAGAAUCUGCACAGGACGAAGAUUGCCAGACUUUGCUAGAGCUGCAGGAUGUCGAAUCUGAAAUCCAAAAGAGAGGCCAAGCUGUGGAACGUAGAUGGCUUUCUCCUGCACAUCAAGAAACCAGAUUCGUAAGUGGCAAGCUUAUAUUAUUGGAAACUCUCGACAAGACGAAUUUCAAUCUUAGUGGCAGUCAAUGCUGUGUGGAUGUUCUCUAUCAAAAAUUUUUUGAAAAGGAUCCUCACGAAAUGACCGAGAAUGUUGUAAUGGAUGACAAAUCUGUGUUAAGUCUCCUGUUGCACUGGGCUGUUAGCAAGAAAAGACAUGGACAACACCGCUCAAUUGUUGUUGCUAAAAUUUUUCUAAAACGGCAGACAGAGAUUUUUAAUGAGGCUGAGAGACGAAAAACUGAGAACCCGGAUGAUGACUCUCUAACAGAAUUAGGAGCAUAUCCUUUCCAAAAUCUGUUGAUUGACUACCUGGACCAUGAAGCACCAAUGCCAAAAAAUCAGAAAAAUGCUUUGCAAGACGAGUCAUUUGAACAGCUCGUUUUGCUGUUCGGAGAAUUAAUUCGCCACGAAUGCUUUUCACACGAUGCGUACUUGUGCAACUUGAUUAAACGUGGAAAUAUCGACUACACAUCAACCUCAAGGAGUGCCAGAAGAGGAACGAAUCAUAAGGAGCCAGAUUUACAACACUUUGGUAGCAGCGAUGCUCUUUGCGUUGACCCAGGACUGAUAAACUCGAGUUCCCAUCUAGAUAAUUUUAUUGAUAGAGACAAACAUUUAAUUCGGGACCGAUACGACUACAAAGCGACGGAUUCGAUCUUCCUCGUAGAAUCCCCACCCGACUUCAGUCCACCAUCCUCAGAGAACACUGAUCAUGGUUUUCAAAGCAUGGAAAGGCUAGAAGAUGACGAAGCUGCUGUCCAAAGGAGACAGGCGGCUGCACAUAUGCUUUACGUCACUCAUUUCCCUAUUCCUAAUAUUGAUUUUGAUGACAAUCACGAAAGUAACCAACGCAUCAUAUUUCUGUACGGAGUCGGCAAUGCAAGGAAGAAAGCAACUCAAAAAUUGAAGGCUGUAGAAACACUUAUGUAUGAAGUAAUGCGAGAGGUUGAGGAGUUAAGGAUACUCAUCAACGAAUAUGACUCUCACUUGAGUAAAAGUGAGUUGAAAAGGAAGAAGGCUCAUAACGAUAAGAAAGCAAAGUUGUUCAAAGAGUUUUCCCAGCUACCUCGAUUCGAUCAGUACAACGUCUCAUCGAAAGGACUGCUCAUUCUCAGCAACCUGAAAAGAUCGAGGCCAUCUGAAUAUGGCGUCUGCUCACCACUACCAAGCGUCCAACAGUUGUCACUUGCAAUUGACUUGUGUGAGCUUGCCAAUGAUGUCCAAGGAGUUGUUGAUUUGGUUACAGAUUUCAUUUUCCCAAGAGAAGUGGGGUAUGUUGGGUUAUUUGCUCCACAAACGAAGUCUGUGAAGGGAACCAUGCCAAACAAAUUAGCCUUUGUUGAAGCAGUUAUCAAGAAACAUUACACAAUUAUUUUGACAUCGGCAGAGCAAACGAUGACAAUCUUUAAAGGCUUGCUGCAGACAGUGGAAAACAUCGCUGACCCUGGCGUUUGUUCUUCAACUGAGCGGUGCGUUCUCAGUUCUCUGUACGACUUAUAUGUCACAUGUGACCACUUAAAGGAUCGGUGUUCCGACAUAUUCAGCACUGCAUGUACAAAGAUCAAACAGUCAGUCCGUGCUGAUGUUUUGCCUUCAAAUACAAGUCUACUCUGGGAAACCUCAGUUUUAAAAGAAUAUCUUACCGCUCCUAGAAAUAUGCAGCUAGAUCACAUCUGGCUUCGUCACCUCUCAGAAGAUCGGCCGGCUGAUUUGUACAGCUUCGUCUGCAACGCAUUGCUAUGUGUCUGUAAUUGUCAAGACCCAGAAAGGCUCUAUGACUUGUCAGUUCUUUGCGCUGAGGUUUCUUCACACAUUAGUGCAUUGAACUCCGAGUGGCUCGGCGUUCUGAAAGCAUUAUGUUGCAAUUCAAUGCACGGACUUGGCUUUGACGAUUUAAGGGAAGCACUGGAUGUAAUGUCGCCUCAACUCCAAGAGUCUUUGUCCACAUUUACAAGCAUCCUUGUUGCGCGAUGCGUUUUCAGCCUGGAAGACUGCUUGAAGCACGUGUUGAUCCCAUCACUUACGUUGGCGCUUCCCAAUGCUCCAGAUCAAAAGAAUGCGAGGUUUGGUGCAAGACUGACCUGCAAUAUUUUGCUGAAACUGUUCGAUGCAUCUUCUGAAAUGCAGCCUUUGAGGCAUACACCGACAAGCUAUUCUCAGUUCAAAUCAACGCCGGAGCAUUCUUUGCUUAUUGGGUCAUAUCAUCACCUUUCCUUCGAACUUCUCUUUUACGUCAUGAAAUUGUUAAUCAUGAUUGCAGACUCAGGACCAAACAGCAAAGAGGAUAUCAUUCACCACGAGCAAGAUGAGAACGACGAAGUCUUUGAUUUGCUUUUUAACCAGUCAGGCAUCUCUGAUCCAACCAGCAAAAGUGAAGCACUGUUUGAGCCAAGUUUUUCUGGAGCAGAUUCAAACAAUGGAGAUCUUUCAAUGGUACUUAGCUCGCUGAGUGGAUAUGUUCUCCAGGUUAUUUGUAAGCAAGUUUGGGUGCAACAACGGUUUGUUCAUGAAGCAAAUAAGCUUUUCUCCAAAGAGAUGCCACUUGAUCCAAGUCUGCCUAUCAAGUUGGCGAGAAGACUAAUCAGCCUGUGCUCAUCUUCUGAGAAUGAAGUGAACAUCAACGAAAGUUACAAAGAAGCGAUCAAUCGCAUUUUCAGUAACUUAGAUCAUUGGUCACUAGAUUUUUCAUCCCUUGAACUUCAGCUUAUGAUUCGACAAGCAUUGAAAGAAGAAAUAUCUGUUUUAUUCAACGAAAUUGCGAGGUGUGUCAUGUCCACCUUGAUCGAUGAUGGAAAUGAGUCUUCGCUAUCUUCAAACAGCGAGGCCGAAAACUCGAAACCCCAGUUAGUUGGGCCGCUUAUCGGCAAACUUCCUUCAACUGUUCAAGGCAGAAUCCUUAAAACAGCUGGUGAAAUCAUGGAAAAGGGAAAAUGGUGGAAAAACCAUGAAAACUCGCGGCUGUCUCCGGCAUCACAACAAACGCUGUUCAAUCUGGUCUUGAGUUGUCUCAAAGAGCAAGAUGAUAACAAAGUCGCUUUUCUUGGCUCUCUUCAAAAGCAAUUUGCCAACGUUAUCGCUGCCCCUGAUGAGGAGAAAUUCCCUACUUGCUUCGACGCCAAACAGUUCCUCUUGGAAGGGCUACAUCUAAGGUUAAAUUUGGUCGGUGCGUUAUUUGAUGUUAUCCAAAGGAAUACAGCGAUUAUAUGUGAAUGGACACAGACCCUGUUCCGCUUAGGUGCCUGUGGGAUCAUGGAAGAGGAAAUUUCCGGGACGUACAGUUCGAUGUUUACCGACGUUCUCGAUAUGGUUUCUGUUCUAUUGUCAACUGUACAGCUAAUGGACAUGUCUGGGAACAACACACAAAGCACUGAUAUACAAAGAUAUGCGCCGCUUGUGCGCAAGCUACAGAAGGACAUCGCCCUCAGAGGGGAAUGUCCUUCAAUUUUGAAGUGUAAGCAACUUUUGCCGCUCGAAACACCUGCGUACGAGGUUAUAAGCAUGGAGGUGGACGAUUCCCAGGAUGGAAGCUCGACUCCCCUUAACAAAGAUAAAGCGAACGAGGUCCAGCAUUCGCAGCAAGGUCUAAAGAUGCGAGGUGUUCAGAACAUAAAUCCUUGGGAUUUACUUGAAGACCACCGAAGUGCUGCCCCAUUAAGUUGGGCAUGGUUUGGGGCAGUUCGGCUCGAGAAGCGCCCGUCGCGCUACCUUGAGCAAGCCAAAAGACUUCUUCUGCAUACGCACCAAAGGCGCAGGCCAAUUAACUAUUUCACAAAUUACGGUCUCAAUGAUGACGAUAAUGAAGAUUCAGACAAUGAAGCGAAAGAGGAAGAACGUCCUAGCCAGCCAGCUACCCCUAACACACCUGGAGGACCUCCAACGCCAGGAAAUAAAAGUGCUCUUGCACAACUCCUCGCCUCUGUACAGAAUACGGGUGAACCUCGACAGAGUGGCGAUGUGGCAAGACAGUCCAAGCCAUCUACGACAGUGCAGCAGACUCCACCUAAAAGGAAAAGAAGUACACAGCGUCAGGACUCUCAGUCUGGUCUGCAGAAUACCCAGGGCUUAACACCAAAUCAGCAAAAAAAGUUGCGCCUACUAAUGCAGCAACAGCAACCACAGCAAGGCUCUCUCUCGACAGGACAGAUUAUACUAGGACAACAGCCGCUUGUUGCCGGACAAGCAAGGCAAAACAUGAGCAUGACAUCAACACCCGAGUCAACGAAGGAGGCUCUGCAGGCCAUGCUAGUUGCUCGCAACCAACAGUCGACCGGGUCAUUGUCGCAGACAGUUGUGCAAAGCUCAUUACCGCAAGCCACCGCCCAAUCGACACAGAAUACGCUUGUGCAACUCCAGCAGCAGAUAGCAAGAAAUCGCAAACAGCAGCAACAACAACAACAGCAGCAGAUGCAAAUGCAGUCACAUCAGUUUGAGAUGGCACAAGAGCGACAGCUGCAGAUGACGUCACAAAGCCAGCAGCAAAGCAUGCAUAUGAUGCAGCCUCAAGGGCCACCAAAUGCGCAGCUUACUAUGAACCAAGCACUCUCGAUUCGAAGUCAGCCAGAUCUCAUUUACUCCAACCAGUCAACUCAACCUAUGAGUACGUUUGCGCAAGCAAAUCAGAUGUCACAAGGGGUCACCCAAAAUCUUCAGGGCCAGUCGUUAAUGGCCAACCAGUACACCGCAUCCAAUCAAAGAAUGUCACAGGGCCUACAGCAAAGCACACAAAUUGAUGACGUACAAACAUCUCUUCAUCAGUUAUUGCAAAUGCCAAUGGCAAGAUCAACUAUUUCCCCCGUUCACCAGAUGCGGGUUCAGCCAACGCAAAGUCGAUCUUUAUACCAACAGCAGCAACAACAACAGCAGCAACAGCAACAGCUUGCAAUUCGUCAACAGCAACAACAACAACAGCAGCAGCAACAACAGUCACAACAGCAGCAACAAAGAAGUUCUGUAAUGUUGAAUCAGCUGACAAGACAAUAUUCAGGGAUACAACAGGGUAUGCCAUUUCAAAGACAGUUCUCCGACCCUUCAGCUCGUCCAAUACAAGAGCCACCUUCGCUACCACAACAACAACCGGAUCUCGGAUUGUAUCAGCGUCAGAUUUCAGAGCCUCAAGGGAGUUUGCAGCAGCUUCAAAACAUGCUGCCACCGAGAUCACAAUUUCUCGGAAGCAGUCAGCAAUACCCGCCUCAAGGACCCUUUUAGCAGAAAAGCAGUGCCUUGGAAAAGUUCCUGAACCCUAGGUGUUUGUCUGCCUGUAUAGUUUACGACCAAGAAAUUGAAUUGUAUAGUUUUCAAUUUAAAAUUACAUUUAACUUUUAAUUUUUAUGAAUGUUGGCGUAGCAAAUUAUUAUUGUCUAUCAAACUUGUAUGAUAUGCUUUUGCUUUUGUAAAAACAAUAACCCAUUAUGUAUGCAAAAUUGUAAUUGUUUAGUGAAAACAGAUUUUUUAGCAUAGUGCUGCUGGGGUGGGUAUUCCCCAAUGGUAGUAUUUCCUUUUUGUUUUUGUAUUUCUUAUUCAACAAACAAGCUAGUGCCCUUUUAAUUUUCUCCAAAAAUAUGAUAUUCAGGGAACGUUCGAAAAAGAUAUAUUAGGUUCGAAUAAUUGGUAAAGAGUUGUAAAAUCUGAGAUGUUCUUCUUGCAUUGAACCAUCCUUUUUAGUAUCCUUGUUAAAUUAGAUGUAUAUCGUGUAUGCAAUCCCUGGCAUUUUUUUUUCUAAUGAAUGAAUGGUUUGCCUUAGGUAGGAAUGUUAGAACUCAAUUAAAAUUAUAUGCAGUCACUCAAAAACGAUAUUUAUAUUUUUUUCCCCACCAAGAUGAUUAUAAAGGGAGGAAAAGUAACUUCUUUUGAGUGUCGGGAUUUUGUUGUUGUUGUUGUCAGCAAGCUUUGUUUGUGUAAUCAAAGAUGAAGAUGAAGUAUGUUUCCAGCGAUGUUAAAAGGUUCUGCAAUAAUGUCCUUUAUGUCCUGUUUCAUAUUACCAACAGUGUUUUCUCUACUUUGUGCGCCAUUUUGCAUCGUUGAAAUAACAUUAGAUCAAUCUAGAGAGGAAUUGUCCUUUGAAAGUUAAAACUCCAAGCUAAGAUGAAGAUAUCAAUAGCCACCAAGCCGAAUGCCUUGUUUUUUACUUUUUAGGCAGAAAGGUAUAGUUCAGGAUUUAAAGAGCGAAAUCAACCAUUAAGUUUGUGAUAUAUCCCUUAAGAUUUUUCGAUAAAUUGGUAUGAAUUACGUGAAAAUGAAAAUUUUUCCAAAAUUUGUUCAUUAUAAUGUUCAAGAUUACUCGUCAUGUAUGACCUAGUGAUAGAUCGUAGGCUGGCUUCAACCACAACAUUGCUAGUUGUGUUAUAGGCGCCAUUUAUCAUAUAGGAGGUGUUUUAUUAAUUAGUAAAUACGGGUUACAGGCUAUGAACACCUGCUAGGCAUGGUAUUCUUCACUAAAAUGUAUUUGUACUGUCUGGUUAUUGUUUGGAUAAUACAAAACAGUAGAAUCUUCGGAGUAAAUUUCAUUUUGCAGACAAAUAUUAAGAUUAAGUCUCCAGGCCAAUGCAAAAAGAGGCAGAGAUACCCCAAGACUCGGCUCUUGCGUUCUUUCUUUUGCUUCGGUGCACAAACCUUGUCAGUUUGCUAUGUGGAUUUCUCAGUCAAAGUAUAUGCCUGAGCUAAACAGGGCAUUUCUGCUGGACGCUUUUGCUUGGAACUUCUCAUUAAUAUUUUUUACUAAACAUCUUACUUGAAAUAAGCCUUGUCUUGAAAUGGGCAUGAAUCCAUUGUUCAUGAAAAGUUUCCCUACAUGUACUGCCUCGUUCUUUGUCAGAUACAAUGAAAUUGUUCAAAAAGCAUUUUCUAAAUCAAUGAUUCCAUCUUUUAAAACAAGGACUUCGAGGGGACUGUUCAAACAGAUUGCAUGCCGUUGCAUUUAUAAAAAAAGGCUUUCUUGAAGCAAUUCAUAAAAUCAAUCAUAUUGUAUUAUACUUCUUUUCUUAUUUUCUAUGGGUUUUGUAGAGAAAUGCCAGAAAGUUGCUGAUAAAAUUUUUUUUGCUCGCGAGGAUGUUCAUAGUUUCAUCUAUUGUUGUUUUGAUUUUAAAUUGAUUUCUGAUUAGGAUGUUCAGAAAGAAACAAGCAACAUCGAGGCAACGAGAGAGCACUGCCCUUUGACAACUAACGCACCUCCUGUGG